ACCGGAGGGGCUGAGAGCACACAGCCCCGGAAAGUUAAGGUGGUGCUUAGAGCGGGCCAGGCUGUCCUCAUGUCCACUGAUGGGCUAGAAGCGACGGGAAAAACUCAAGCUCCACUUAGAUCAUUUCAUUUCAAGUUUUCUCCGGUUGUUUGAGGGUUUUUAUUUUAUUUUUUUACAGAGUAGGAGGCAGCAGCAGCUACGCCCUGGGGCUGAAAUUACGGACUCACUAUGUCUGAUGGGGAGUAUGAUUACCUUAUCAAGUUCCUAGCGCUGGGGGACUCCGGUGUGGGAAAGACCAGCUUUCUCUACCAAUACACGGAUGGCCAUUUCAACAACAAGUUCAUCACUACAGUUGGAAUAGACUUCAGAGAAAGAAGAGUGAUCUACAAUUCAACCGGUCCAGAUGGAACUACAGGCAGGGGACAGAAAAUCCACCUGCAGCUUUGGGACACUGCAGGACAAGAGAGGUUCCGAAGUUUGACCACAGCUUUUUUCCGAGAUGCCAUGGGUUUCCUCCUCCUGUUUGAUCUCACCAAUGAGCAAAGUUUCCUCAACGUCAGAAACUGGAUGAGUCAGUUACAGAUUCACGCAUAUUGUGAAAAUCCUGAUGUGGUUUUGUGUGGAAACAAAUGUGACCUGAGUGACCAGAGAGCCGUGAGCCAAGAGGAGGCUCGAGAACUGGCGGAGAAAUACGGAAUCACAUACUUUGAGACCAGCGCUGCAAGCGGCCAGAAUGUCAGCGAGGCUGUGGACGUCCUGCUGGAUCUGAUUAUGAAGAGGAUGGAGAGGUGUGUCGAUAAGUCCUGGAUACCAGAUGGGACCGUCCGUGCUAACGGACCUUCCAACCUGGACCUCUCUGAGGGCUCUGAUAGAGGCAAAUGUGCUUGUUAGAAAGAAUAUUUUGUUGCACACAUUUUCAUUUCUAUAACAGGUGGGGGAGAAAAGGAAGAUGCCCAAGCAAAACACAGUGGGAGUUUUAUUACAUUUUGUAUUGAGUAAAACUUUAUCAUCUUCUUCAACAGUAUAUAUAUAUGCCACUUUACCCCACAAUUCUGAGUAUUACUUGUUCACUGUCACUGACUUGCUGAGCAGUUUACCAGCUAAGUUGGUGCUCUUUGUUCUGAAUACAUUAAUAUUAUUGUGAUUUUUGGGGUAUUUAUUUUCCUUAUGGUUCCUAAUGAACAGCUCCAGUUUCCACAUUGAGUUAAAGAUAUUGAUCCUCGAUUCAAAUAAUAAAAGAACACUGAGUCUGUUUGUUACAUGUGCUAUUAUGUUAUCAGGAAUGCUCAAUUGCUGUGUAAACAUUUUAAUGAAUGUACUUUAGGUCACCAAUGUUGUUACUGAUACUUUAAGUGCCUCAAUGAAUACUGCAAUCUUACAGGAUCCUGCCAGAGAAAAUGUAGCUCUUCUUGGUGGACAGUAAACAUGUGAUAGUUUCUUUAGUCUGUACUAUGAUUUGAGUGCAGUUUUUGCCAACAGCAUAAAGAAAAAUGAUGUAAACAUUUUAGAUGAGAUGUGGGGUAUCUAAGGAAAAACAAUCAGGAAACCAGAGUUCAAGGACUACUUUUUGCCAUCAUUAAUUCUUAUAUAGAAACUAGAUAAUAGGCCCUUUUUUAUCUUGGCCACAAAAAAAACACACAAUUUGACAAAUUUCAUCUAGAACUAAAAUAAAAUUUCUGAUAAAAUGUGCAGAAUAAACGAAUAAACAAACCGAAAAAAGACCUUUUUCAAUUUGAGAUCCGUUCUCUUAUCUAGAAGAUACAGGUUUAAUAACCCCUCUACAAAAAAAAAAAAAUGUAAACACUUGGAUUUAAAAAGUAAAUGUAAGCCAAACUUUAAAAUGCAUAUGAUAUAUUACUAAAACCAAGUGACUGGGUGGCACUAUUUGUCUUGAGCUGUUGAGAUGUGAAACUUCUACUGAAAUUCGUUAUUGUUCUAUAUACUCUUCACAGAGUGUAUACUGUAUACCAAGUGCCAAAUUAAUAAAAUCUUAUUUUUUUCUGUAAUGGGAAUAAGUUGAUAUUUUCUGGGUUGAUGUAGCAGGUUGUUCCUAUAGAACAGAUAAGCUGAGCUUGUUCUGUUGGCACAUUUUAUGAAUAAGCGAAUCAGAAUAUUAGCUGGAAAUGAAUUCAUCAGACCUGAAGACCUCCUGUUUGUUGAGCUAUUGCUUUUCUAUAAAUCUUAAACACUGGAAUGAUAAUUUUUAUAGUUUUUCCACUCUUUACUUUUGUGUUACACUUUAUUUUGUAUGUUUAAAGGUAGACAGUUUUAGACUAUAUUGUAUUCUUCCUCUGAAUUUCUAAGCACAGAUUUAAAUAUUGGACAUUCUUCCUCUCUAAGUGGGUUUAAUCAUAUUAUUAGGAUGUAUCAGGCUGUCACAUGUGCCUUUGCUCUUAUUAAAAUGUGUAUAUUAAGAAUAAAACAGUUGUAUUUAUGUA